AAAAAUAGGCUUUAUUUUGAAAAAACGUAUCGAGCACACAAUAAUGGACUGACUACCUAUAAAUACAAAAAUUCUGUAUUUUCCUCCCAUUAUCUCCCCAAAAACUCUUUUGGUGUUCCGUUGAAUCCGAUGCUGCGGUAUUGCUGUUUUUCUGUUUGUUUCGAGUGAUUAUUCAUCUAUUUUACAACGAAUUUGGUGGACAUAUUGCGCUAUCGACAUACUGAAAGAUCUUUGCUGCUCUCUUCAAUUGAUGGCCGUUUGUUCUGCUAAUUACAAGUUUGACUCUGAAAGUAUAAGUUGCUUUAGUGAGUCAUCUAAGGAGACUCUUGGUUGUGCUUCUGGCGAUCCAGGAGAUCCUUUUGCAAGUGAUCUUGCGCACCAUUUCACUGAAUCUCUAAAUAUUGAGGAUGGUGAAGAUUUUAUUUACGGGGAAGAUUUCAGCACGUCAGAGGAAGAUGGAUGUGAAGAUAUGCAUAAUGACACUGACGUGGGCGUAGAGAAAUGCUUGAACAAGUCGUCAGAAUUUCCAUGCUCUGCUAUGAGCACCCCCCCUGCUGAGUUGGUUCAUGGGAAGGAGCAGGACGCUGAUGCUAAAUCAACUGACUUGCCUCAUUCACGUUCCAUUACUUUACCUACUACUUUGAAGCUUGUAUCUGCCAUUAAAGGUAGCCGUGAGAAACAAGGCAAACCGCCCAAGAAGCUGUCUGUGACAUGGGCCCCCGACGUGUAUGACCCUAUCCCGACAGCAGUAUCACAUGCGCCAAGCAAGGUACAUCGCCACAGGAGUGAUCACAGGAAGAAUGGGAAGAAUAAGCAGAAAAGUCAUAGCAAAUCUUCACGAGGGAGCAAGGGUAAAGAGAAGAAACAAAGUCGUAAACAUGGUGGGAGUACCAAGCGGAGUUAUCAUCCUCUAGAGGAUCACCACUUAAUGACUUGUUCUAGCUUUCAUACUCCGGAGGACGAUAUAACUGAUCAUUCUAGUGUGCUGCAGUCUGGUACCGUGGAUUAUGAUAUUGGCAGCAAUCUGGAUCCAUUCUGUGGUAGUAGUUUUCUAAAGAAAUCUGUCACUAAAUUGCAUUUCCCAGCUGCAAAGGCUUCAUAACCUUCCUCUUAAUCAUGGUUUGUGUUCUUAUGAUCGUUCCAUCUAGUUCUGUAAAUAAAUAAGUUUGACGCUUAACUGAGUUGUGGGAGUUGUUGAAGAAUCUGUUGUUGGCAUUUUUGUACUAAACCUUUUAAGACUUUUGCCCUGUUGGACGGAGGGAUGAAUGUUUUUGCUUUGUAGUGUUUUAUGUUGGUCUGAACGAGUUGUGUAUAGUUGUUUCAUUGCGUAUUUCCUAUUGAGGUUCUCAUAAUGAAAAUCUGUAAGCCUACCUUGUACUGAA